AUGAAUCACACCAGUGAAGCAAAUAUGAAGAAAAUCAGUGUGGCAAAUCUUGAUAAACUUUUAGAUGACUUCUCACAGAUAGAAAAGAAAAUAUUAGAAAUUAAUGGAAAGAAUAGCCUUCUGGAUCUUCAGCUGGAAAAAUGUAAUAGGUUAUUAACAUUAAGCCAAUCGAAGGAAGACUCAGUAAAAGAGGAAUAUGCCACUCUCCAGAAUGUGAUAAAGGGUCUAAGACAAACAAUUGAAAAUCAGUGUAACCUGAGAGAUGAAAAUGAAAGGCUGAAGAAUAAUACCCAUCUCUUGGAAGAGAAAUUAAAGGCUCAUGAACAGGAAUAUAAGAAUCAAAUCGACAAACUUGUGACAGAAAUUAAAAAUAAAGAAGAAGAAUACAAGCUGGAAUUAACAAAGGUUCAUUGUGACAUGAGCAGAAAAUUUGAACUAAAAGAAGAAGAGCAUAAAGAAAAGCUAGAGAAAAAAGAGCUGACAAUAUUAGACUUAACCAGACAACUGAGAACUCUAGAUAAAGAGAAACAGAAUGAGAUAAUCAAACUGCAGAUAGAGUUCAAUGCUAAAUUAGCAAGAGUUCAGAAUAAAACAACAAAAUCAUAUCCAGAUACCACUGUCUUGCCUCAAAACAUCUACAGAAGGAAACUUCAGCAUCUCCAGGAGGAAAAAAACAAGGAAAUUGAAAUUCUCCGUAACACUAUUAGAGAUUUAGAGCAACGACUCAGCAGUGGCCCAGAUUCCCUCCUCAAACGGAGACGUUUUUGAAAAUAACUUUGAACAUGCACUACUGAAAUGGUUUCUUGACUUAAUACAACUGAAAAAUAUAUUAUAAAUGCAAUAGCACAAGCUAUGUACUUGGAAAGUGAAAACAAAAUAUAAGGCAACUCUGGAAUGCCAUUUAUUUUUAUUGAAAACUCUCUUAUCAAAUAUGCCAUACAUCUAUAUUCUCCUUAUAUUCAGUACUGCUUUCUUGCUUAUUAGCAUUCACCAUAAAAGGAUUCAGGUUUUGUAGGAGACAGUUUCCCUAUUAAACCAUCAUUAACUAUGGCGUGUGCUUUCAAAGCAUUCACCUCUAUUCUCUUUUCUUUCUUCCAUGAUCCUUCAAAUUAAAGACUACGUUGUUUUCAGUUCAGUUAAGAUAGUCAAAUUGUAAAAAUAACUACACCAAGAGAGAGACAUUAUACAAGUUUCAUUAGUAAGUUACAUUGAUAAUCUAUAUAUAUGGCUAAAUUUAACCCUGGCAUAAAUAGGCACAAUUCAGUGAGAGUUGUGUUUGCUUAUACCAGGAAUGAAUUUGAUUCAUAACCUUGUUUCACGCCCUGAUUCCACAUCAAGAUCUACUAACACUGCCCCCUGUGCCCAUGCAGAAUCUUGUUGUCUUCAGUAGAGCUUCACAAAGGUACACGGGUCCUUGCUAAUGGAGUCUGAUAUAGGAUCUGGUCCUUAAACUAUAAGAUAUCAAAGAGUACAAAAACCAUUACUUUUGAACAAUGCAAUUUUUGGCAUAUGGUUUACAGCU